AUGAGUGAAUCGUCAUUAUCCAAGAACGUCGUUGUCGAUACGACUUCGCUUCCAGAGUCUACUACUUCCGGCGUGUGGGAUCGCAUUUCGAAAUGGGUGUCGGAGAACAAGGCGCUUGUUUAUACUAUUGCUGGUGUCGCGGUCGUGGUGACUAGCGCUGGUGUGGUUUACUACCUCUCGGACUCGAACUCCCCCGCAAAGACCGCUACAGCUUCCGCGGCAGCUACAGAGAAGAAGAAGACCAAGAACCAAAAACGGAGAGAGAAGAAGAAGGCUGAGGAGAAGGCUAAGUCUGCGUCUGUUCAAGAUGAACAAUCAGCUAAAAAGGCCGAAGAGCCUGCCGAAGAUAUUCCUGAGGUGGACGAGGCGACCGUUGGGCAGUUGUCGGAAGAGACCAGAAAGUCAUACGCCGGCAAGCUGAAGGCCGCCGGUAACAAGGCCUACGGCUCCAAGGACUACAACCGAGCUAUCGAACUCUACGGAAAGGCUAUCAUUUGCAAGCCCGAUCCCGUCUACUACUCCAACCGUGCCGCCUGCUACAAUGUCAUGUCGGAAUGGGAAAAGGUCGUGGAGGACACCACCGCGGCGCUCCAGAUGGACAGCGAGUACGUCAAGGCCCUGAACCGUCGUGCCAUUGCCUACGAGCAUCUCGAGAAGUACAGCGAAGCUCUCCUCGAUUUCACCGCCAGCUGCAUCAUGGACGGAUUCUCCAACGAAAUGAGCCGUAACUCCCUCGAGAGACUGUUGAAGAAGGUUGCGGAGCAUAAGGGUCAGGCCAUCCUCGAGGCCAAGGGCAAGAAGCUCCCCAGCCCCACCUUCGUUUCCAACUAUCUCCAGAGCUUCCGCCCUAAGCCGCUCCCCGAAGGUCUUGAGGACGCCGAAGACCUGCCCGAGGAAUCUGGCAAGGGCCAGCUGCGCAAGGGAUUGAUUGGUGUCAGCAAGAAGACUGGUGACGGCUACGAGGAGGCUGCUGCUGCCUUUGAGAAGGCUCUGGAACUUGGCGACUUGGGUGAAUUCGAGGCUUUGGCGCUUAACAUGAGGGCUACCUUCACUUACCUUGAGGGUAACGCCCAGGGUGCUUUGGCUGAUCUUGACAAGAGUGUUGAGUUGCAGCCGUCCUUGGUGCAGAGCUAUAUCAAGCGUGCCAGCUUGCACCUUGAGCUUGGAAACAAGGAUGCUGCUGCCGAUGACUUCGAGCUCGCCAUCACUCACAACAAGGAUGACCCCGACAUCUACUACCACCGUGCCCAACUCCAUUUUAUCCUCGGAGAGUUCGCGGAAGCUGCCAAGGACUACCAGAAGUCGAUUGACCUCGACCGUACCUUUAUCUACUCCCACAUCCAGCUUGGUGUGACUCAAUACAAGAUGGGCUCUGUUGCAUCCGCCAUGGCUACCUUCCGGAGAUCACUGAAGAACUUUGAGGAUGUCCCCGAUGUCUACAACUACUACGGUGAACUCCUGCUCGACCAGCAGAACUUCUCCGAGGCUAUUGAGAAGUUCGACAAGGCCGUCGACAUGGAGAAGCAGAUCAAGCCCAUGGGUAUCAAUGUUCUGCCUCUGAUCAACAAGGCCCUUGCCUUGUUCCAGUGGAAGCACGAUUUCCAAGAGGCGGAGAACCUCUGCCAGAAGGCUCUUAUCAUCGACCCCGAAUGUGAUAUUGCCGUUGGAACCAUGGCCCAGCUGCUCCUGCAACAGGGCAAGGUCUCGCAGGCACUCAAGUACUUCGAGCGGGCAGCGGAACUGGCCCGUACGGAAGCCGAAAUCGUCAACGCCAUCUCGUAUGCCGAGGCGACACGAACACAAUUGGAGGUGCAAGAGAAGUACCCCAAGCUGGCAGCACGACUGCAGACCAUGGGUGCCGGGCUUGGUGCCGGUCUGUAA